AAAAAAAAAAAAAAAAAAAAAACCCCUUUUGAAGCUUGAACUCAAUAAUGUGAAAAUGUGAUCCUAUUCCAUUUCAUUAGAGUUAGCCUCAAAGUCAUUGACAGGUCAAAACCCUAGCCCUAAUUCUUGGCGUCCUCAUUGUAAUUAACGAUGACGCUUCAUGGAUCUAGCUUCUGCUUCAAUGGAAAUGUUUCUAAUAUCAGGGCAGUUUGUAGCUUGCCAUGUUCAUUUGUCAAUAGUUUUGCACCACUACACCGUCUUUCAACAACUUCCUUGAAGCAAUAUGAUUUUGUUCCAGCUAAAGGCUUUGGAAGAGGACAUAAAAUCCAUUUUUCGCCUGAUCAUUGUCGCUUCAGCUUGCAAACUGGAAGAUCCAAACUCUUUCAACAAGUUUCCAUUUUGCCCACAUUGAGACCAUGUCAAGUAACAAGUGAGGACUCUAAGGACCCCUUAAGUAGUGAAAGCAUUAUAAUGGAUGAGCAGACCUUAGAGCAGGACCUACAGAUUGCCAUUUCAGAAGAAAACUAUGUUGAAGCAGCAAAAAUUAGGGAUAGCCUUAAAAAUCUCCAUGAGGAUAGCCAGACUUCAGUAUUGCUAGCAAAUGCUCGAUUUUAUGACUCAUUUAGGACUGGGGAUUUAGCUACCAUGCAAGCUCUUUGGGCUAAGGGGGAUGAGGUCUGUAUUGUGCACCCUGGUGUCUCUGGGAUAUCUGGUUAUGAUGAUGUAAUGGAAAGCUGGGAGUUUGUGUGGGCGGACUAUGAUUUCCCGCUAGAGAUUCAGCUGAAAGAUCUUAGGGUUCAUGUUAAAGGGGAUGUGGGGUAUGUUACGUGCAGGGAGUUUGUUAAAACCGAAGGUAGCAAAUGGGGGGUACAGUUUGCAACAAAUGUAUUUGAGAGGAUUGAUGGUCAAUGGUUUAUCUGUAUUCACCAUGCCUCGCCUAUUGAUUUAUGAGAUCAAUUAAUAUAAUUCAUGAUAUAUAAUAAAUUCUCUUUCAUUGCA